AUGUACUACCCUCAUUCCGCUCCUCCCCCUCCGCAGGGGUGGCAUGGGGACUACCCUCGCCAGCAGCCUGGAUAUUGGCCUCCCCCGCACCAAGGAUACUACCCCCCGCAAUACCCCCCGUCAGGCCCGCCACCUCCUCAACAGUACAAUCACUAUCCACCCCCUUCACAUUAUCCCUCGCCUGGUCCAUACGGUCCCACCCACACGCCAACCCCACCUCCGCAAUCCUCAUCGCCUUAUGGGCAAUACCAGGGUCACAGCCGCUCGCAAUCAUGGCACAUGCCUCCGCGUCCGCCGCAGGAGGCGCAGCACUUUGGUCGGGGAGCUCCGUCCAACUACCGAUUCCAGUACUCCACAUGUACGGGGCGCCGGAAAGCGCUUCUGAUCGGGAUCAACUAUUUCGGGCAACCGAACGCGCUGCGCGGCUGUAUCAACGAUGUCGCCAACAUGUCGAACUUCUUGCACGAGAAAUUCGGCUACCGGAGGGAGGACAUGGUCAUUUUGACCGAUGAUCAGAAAAACGCCAUGAGUGUGCCGACCAAGGCCAAUAUCCUGCGCGCGAUGCAGUGGCUGGUGAAGGAUGCUCAGCCGAAUGAUUCGCUGUUCAUUCAUUUCUCAGGUCACGGUGGACGAACCCCAGAUCUCGACGGAGACGAGGAGGAUGGCUACGACGAUGUCAUAUAUCCUCUGGAUUACCGUACUGCUGGACACAUUGUGGAUGAUGAUAUGCAUGCUAUCAUGGUCCGUCCUCUUAGACCUGGUGUCCGAUUAACCGCCAUCUUCGAUUCGUGUCACUCCGGUACUGCCCUCGAUUUACCCUAUGUGUACUCGACACAGGGUAUUCUGAAAGAGCCCAACCUGGCCAAAGAGGCAGCGCAAGACCUAUUCAGUGCUUUCCUCUCGUACGGCAAAGGCGAUCUGGGUAGCAUGGCGCAGACGGCUAUUGGGUUCUUCAAAAAGGCAGCCAUUGGCGACUCCGCCCGACAGCGCACGGUGAUGACCAAGACCUCUCCAGCGGAUGUGGUCAUGUUUUCGGGGUCAAAGGACACGCAGACAUCCGCGGAUACAUUCCAGGACGGAGAAGCUCGCGGAGCGCUGAGUUGGGCGUUCAUCAAAUCAUGGACGCAACAGCCGAACCAGAGCUACCUGCAACUGCUGAACUCGAUUCGAUCGGAGUUGGAAGGGAAAUAUACGCAAAAGCCGCAGCUGAGCUGCAGUCAUCCCUUGGAUGUCAACCUACAAUUCCUUAUGUGA